UCAAUCAAAACUUUUGUAAAAUCAUUUCCAAGUUCCACCCUUCUCCCCUGCGUGACAAAACCCUUGGGAGACAAAACGCGCGAAACUCCACCAGUUUUCCUCAGAAACUCAGCUAAGCUCGAAAAUGCCAGAGCUUCCAGAGGUAGAAGCAGCUCGAAGAGCCAUCGAGGACAACUGCAUUGGCAAGAAAAUUGUGAAAGCUAUCAUCGCCGACGAUUCCAAGGUCAUCGACGGCGUGUCUCCUGUGGAUUUCAAAGCAUCUCUUGAGGGCAAAACUAUCGUAGCUGCUAAUCGCAAAGGGAAAAACAUGUGGAUUGAGCUCGAUUCCCCUCCUUUUCCUACUUUCCAGUUCGGAAUGGCGGGUGCUAUAUAUAUCAAGGGAGUUGCAGUUACAAAAUAUAAACGGUCUGCGGUAAAAGAUGAUGAUGAGUGGCCUUCCAAGUAUUCAAAGGUUUUCCUUGAGUUGAAUGAUGGUCUGGAGCUUUCAUUUACGGAUAAGAGGCGGUUUGCCAGGGUUCGCUCAUUGGAGGAUCCGGUUUCUGUUCCUCCAAUAUCUGAGCUUGGUCCUGAUGCGCUGUUGGAGCCGAUGACUGUAGACGAGUUCUAUAAAGCUUUGAGUAAGAAGAAGAUUGGCAUUAAGGCUUUACUACUUGACCAGAGUUUUAUUUCAGGAAUUGGCAACUGGAUUGCAGACGAAGUGUUAUAUCAGGCAAGAAUCCAUCCUAUGCAGUCUGCUUCAAGCAUAUCCAAAGAGGACUGUGCAACAUUGCUGAAGUGCAUUAACGAGGUUACAGAAUUUGCAGUUGAAGUGGAUGCUGAUUGCAGCCGCUUCCCUUCUGAAUGGUUGUUUCAUUACCGAUGGGGCAAAAAGCCUGGAAAAGUUAAUGGUGAGAUAGUUUUCCAUAUGCAUCCUCAUUUUGACACAUAAUUGUAUGUAACAGGUCAUCAAAAAAGCUGUGGAAGUUGGGGCAGAUAGUAGUCAGUAUCCUACUAAUUGGAUUUUCCAUUCCCGGGAAAAGAAACCUGG